AUGGCCGACGCCCGCCAAAGCGCGCCGCUGUGGACGAUGCCGGCGAGCUCCUUCGUCACAAUCGAGUACCCCGGCAUUGUUGGCACGUCGGAAUCAUCGCUGGAGAAGGCACUUUCGACUCUAUCGCCGUAUGUGAAACCCGGCGCGGGCAUGUCUAGCGCGCCAAGUGCAUUGGCCCAUCUAGCGCAUAUUUUGUCGCUGGGAGGAAAACUUGUAGAGUGCCGCCUCGCACCGCUGCCUGGCCAAGCAGGGGAUCAGAUGCAAAUGUUUCGACACCCACUGCUGGGCGAUGUAGUGCCUGGCAACGGCCUUGUUUUGCGGAUCCGACGGCGCGUCUUGCAGCGGCGCAUGGGCGAGUGCUUGGAAACGAGAAAAGUGUACACGGUCGAGCUUUUGGGCCCGAUCAGCACUACCAUUCGCUUCCGCCGCAUGGCGGAUUUUGCAUUCCGUCCGACGAUGCCUGCGGGCGCGUCGGAGCACCCGACUCUGGCACUGCACCGAGCACUGGCGGAUUUAGAUGUAGACGCAAUGCGCGCGUAUCGAUUCUCCACCGACGCACAAGAGUAUCAAGUGGAAGAAGACACUGCUGAUGGGAAGUGCAUGCGAAGCAACCUUGCCAUGAUUCCGCCGCCACUUUUUAGCCGCAUGGAGUUACCGUUUGCGUACGGAUACAGACAGAACCCAGCAUCGAGCUUGCAGACGGUGCCCUACGUGACGACCUCUAAACGAUCGCGCCGCACGGCAAGAAAAGGCAGCGGCGAUGCAGAUACCAGCGGCGCUGACCAGCGUAUUCUCACAAGGUACCUGAACCGCUCACGAUGGCGGAAUAUGGCGCCUAUUGCGCUCAAGUACAGCGAGCAGGCCGGCGCGCCGACCGCGCCAGAGUCGAGCCUAGCGGUCAUGCCGCUCUCGGAGCGACACGAAGCGCUUCUGACACAGCUGCGCGGGCAUUUGGACGAACGGCCUGUUUGGUCGCGACUCAGUCUGAUGAACCAAUUGACGGUAAGCGACGCGCGGUUCGUUGCACAGGCCAAGGAGCUGUUUGCGUUGGUCGCGUACACGUUUGCGGAUGGGCCAUGGCGGGAUACCCUGGUACGCUUUGGGUAUGAUCCGCGCGUUCACGUCGAGAGUCGCUUUUUGCAGCGCAUCCAUUUGCGUGGAAAAGCGCCGCGAACGCCGACUACGCGAGGUGUGUUCAAGACAGAAUACGGCGAUGUAUCGCACGCUGGGCGUGCCGCGUUGCAAAAGGGUGCAUCACCGGAUGGAAUGCGGCCAAGUACGCAUAUUUUUGACGGCAAGCACGCGACUACCGGAUGGUACGCGGAUUCUGCAUGGGAUGCUAUUCGGUCCACCAUCUCGCACCGAUUCCAUGCACUGCUCAAAGACGAGCUCAAUGCGGACAAUGAUUCCACAUGGGACCGUGCAGACGCUGAAUCGUCUGCGCACGAGUCGGAGGAUGAUGAGGAUGUACCAUAG